AUGACGUCGUUCCUUCUGUUGGUGUUUGCCUUGUCUUGGCGAUUCUGCCAGUCUGUCACAGACCUCCACAUCCUCACACUGGUGCCUUUCGAUGGCGAAUGGGGUGGAGGGCUCAGUCUUCUCAUCAGUUCAGGUAUAGCUCUAGACGAAAUCAACGAGCGGAGCGAUAUUCUACCUGGAUACAGACUUAAGAUGACAUGGAACAAUACCAAGUGUAACCCCGGCGUCGGUGUGAACGCUAUGUACAGUCAGCUGUACGCCCCUCCCACCAAGAUCAUUGUCCUGGGGGGUGCAUGUUCCGACGUGUCGGAAGUCACCGCCUCGGCAUCCCACCUCUGGAAUAUGGUUCAGAUGUCCGCCGUAUCGGCCUCACCUUCGCUUUCCGACAAGUCCAAAUUCCCAAACUUCUUCCGAAUUCAGCCACCGGAAAUCCAGGUGAAUCUAGGCCGGAUGGACAUAUUCAAGUUCUUCGGUUGGUCGAAGAUCGCCACAAUACAUUCCCCUUCAAACCUGUUUUCUGUGGGAACGGAACGUUUAAUUGAAGACAUGAGUAGAGCGAACAUGACAUUGAUUAGAUCAGAAAUCGUUUCUCACAGCCCAGCUUCUCAAAUCAAACAUUUAAAGGAUAGCGACGUUCGGAUACUUGUCGGGAGUUUCUACGAACCAGUCGCAAGGCAGGUGUUCUGUGAGGCUUACAAGGUGGGACUGUACGGGCCAAAGAUUGUCUGGAUUAUCAACGGUUGGUACGACAAGAACUGGUGGUACGCUAAAGAAGACACUGACUGCACGGUGGACCAACUGUCGGAAGCCGUGGAAGGCUAUUUCACCGUCGACCGUCUGUAUUUGAACCCCAAGAAGCAGCUAACGGUUUCCGGGCUGACGUCACAGCAAUAUUACGCCAUCUACCAAAACCGCACGAACUACACGGACCUCAGUGGGGCCAAGAUGUCUCCGAUGGCCUACGAUGCUGCUUGGGCGAUAGGUUUAGCGCUGAACGACACGAUGACCAAGUUAGCGGAGAACGGUAACUCUAAACGACUGGAAGAUUUUACCUAUGAUGACGCUGAGAUGGGCAAAAUGAUGAGACAGUCGAUGCAAGAUCUGAACUUUGUCGGGGUCAAAGGUCAUAUAUCUUUUGACGAGAACGGGGACCCAGUGGGCACGUUCAGCAUCAACAGACGUCAAGGUGGCAAAAUACCCAGAGAUUCUGUGACACUCAUUCACACGACAAAGCGACUGACAUUUUCUCUGUACACUGUGAUAUGCGUCAUUUCCGGUCUUGGCAUAUGCAUGACCUUUCUGUUCCUGAUAUUCAACGUGAGCUACAGACAUACACGAAUAGUGAAGAUGUCAUCACCGAAACUGAACAAUAUAACACUGAUGGGAUGCGUGUUGUUGUAUUGCACGGUAGUACUAAUGCAACCUGAUCGUUCUGUCUGUAUGCAUGUCUGUAUAAUGACAAAAGUUCUUCUUCUAACGAUCGGGUUUUCAUUGGUGUUUGGUGCACUGUUUGCCAAAACUUGGCGAGUACAUGUCAUCUUCAUCAACCCUACCAAGCAACGAAUUAUUGUGAAAGACAGUCAACUGAUUUUAAUGGUGGCCGCCCUUGCUGUUGUCAAUGUAAUAGUGAUUAUUAUCUGGAAUGUCGUCGACGCCAUGGACGUCGUCAUCGUCAAUCUUCCAUCUGAGAUUGAUGCUAGCAAGGAUACUGAAAUUCGAAGUAAGAUGGAAAUCUGUGAAUCACCUAAACAAAUCUAUUUUAUGGCAACACUGUUUAUCAUUCAAGGAAUACUGAUGUUUCUGGGAACGUUUCUGGCUUGGGAAACACGCAACGUAAGUAUGGAUGGUCUGAACGACUCGAAGAUGAUCGGCAUCUGCAUCUACAACGUCGUCGUGUUGAGUUUCCUCAACGUCUGCAUCUCCAUGACCAUCAGCAACAUCGACCUGAAAUACGGCUUGACAUCGGUCAUCGUCAUCAUCGGAACAACCGUCACCCAGUGCCUCAUCGUUAUACCCAAGAGUGAAAAACGAAUAAAAGAACUGGAGGAACAACUGAAAGGCACGGUAGAGCUGAGCUUGUCUGUCCCCGGGGGCGAGCUCUGGAUAGCCAGAAGUCUGCUCUGGGUCAGAAAUGGACUUGAAGUGACCUUGAGGUUUCUGGAGACAUCGCAGGAAGGUCCUACGAUGUCGGAACAACGGAGGGAGGUGACGGAGAAGGCGCAGUUCUCACCGUUUAAGGUGAGCUGUCACACUCGCACCCCCUUUACUCUCCUGAGAUUAGCAACAAUAUCUUAA